CAAAGCGAAUCAUUUCGACUUUUGACUCUACUGUACACAUUCCCCGAAUGACCUCAGCAAGGGGGAGAGGGUCGGGGAGAGAAAAACCUUGCGAAAUGGAAGAAAAGAGAUCUGAAAAACUAAAGCCGCAGGCGGCGAGGGGAAAGGAAUGACCAGAGUUGUAGUGAAACCGGCAGCUACGGCGAGCGGGGAAGCCGCUGGGAGGGGAAGAGGCUGGGCUUAAGCAACCUGCUGCGGGGUGUAGACAAAGGCGGCUUGGGAGGCAGAGGCCGGGGCGGGAUCAGUCGCUACUAUCAGCCUGGGGAGAGCGCCAGCAGCUGGACUCCCGCGUGGAAACCCGGGAAAUUCACCAGCCUCCCCUUCAGGGCAGGAAUGCCCGGAGUAUGCACCAAGCUAAGAACCCAGAGGGAAAAAGUAAGUUUGGGAGAGGACAUAACCGAUUUUGACGGUCUUUGAACUCUUGACUCCUCUUGGAGGCAUGCCUUCACCGAUGCGUUCCCUCUUCAUCGUUUCUGUCUCUUGUGUCAUCGUUUUCAUUGUGUUUUGUGUGUUCAACUUUGGGGGAGAUCAAGGCUUCCAGAGGCUAAAUAACUCAGACACUUGGAUGCUGACUCAAGUUUGCACAUCCCUUAUCAAAGACAAAACACCGUUACUCUGGAGAAACAAACUAAUGAUGUAUGAGAAGUCUUCCUGCGAGGCGUACCUGACCCAAAGCCACUACAUCACGGCGCCUUUAUCAAAGGAAGAAGCCGAGUUUCCUUUGGCAUAUAUCAUGGUCAUCCAUCACAACUUCGGCACCUUUGCGAGGCUCUUCAGGGCUAUUUACAUGCCUCAGAACGUCUACUGUGUUCAUGUGGAUGAGAAAGCGACAGUUGAAUUUAAAGACUCAGUGGAGCAGUUACUGAGCUGCUUCCCAAAUGCUUUUCUGGCUUCCAAGAUGGAGCCGGUGGUCUAUGGUGGGAUUUCCAGGCUCCAGGCUGACCUGAACUGCAUCAAAGAUCUUGCAGCCUCGGAGGUUCCCUGGAAAUACGCCCUCAACACCUGUGGGCAAGAUUUUCCCCUGAAAACCAACAGGGAGAUCGUUCAGUAUCUGAAGGGAUUUAAAGGGAAAAACAUCACCCCCGGGGUGCUGCCCCCAGCUCAUGCAAUUGGGCGGACUAAGUAUGUCCACCGGGAGCACCUGGGCAAAGAGCUUUCCUAUGUGAUAAGAACCACAGCCUUGAAGCCGCCUCCUCCCCACAAUCUCACCAUCUACUUUGGCUCUGCCUAUGUGGCCCUGUCCAGAGAGUUUACCAACUUUGUUCUCCAGGACCCACGGGCCCUUGACUUGCUCCAGUGGUCCAAAGACACCUUCAGUCCGGAUGAACAUUUCUGGGUGACGCUCAAUAGGAUUCCAGGUAUGUGGGAUUCCCUAUUUCAUGUGAAGGCGACAUUCUGUACUUGA